AUGUCAGACUAUUUGCCCCCAGAGGUGAUUGGAGAAAUUCUUCUAGGACUACCGGUAAAGUCAGUGCUGAGGUUUAGGUCAGUUUGCAAGACAUGGUACUCUCUCAUCUCUAACUCUCGCUUUGCCAACGUUUACCUCGCUCGCAGCAAUCAACGCCCAUCACCCUAUUUUCUGUUUGGACGUCGUGAACACGAAAAGGUAUGUUUCAGUUUGCAUAGCAAUCCAGCCAUAGACUCAUCAGAUUUCAUUGAGUUCCACCCUCCUUAUGAGACUUAUGGUGAUGAGCAUUCGUAUGACUGGAGUUGGAACAGCCCACUCUUCCAAAUAGUCGGUUCAGUCAAUGGACUAAUUUGUCUAGUUAAUAGUCAUGAUGAACUUCAUGAAAAAUAUUUUCUUUGGAACCCUUCUAUUAAUAGAACCGUGCGACUUACAUUUGUUAAAAAUCCCUUAUUUACAAAAUGUAAUUAUUGCCAUGGCUUUGGAUAUCACGCCCCAACUAAUGAGUACAAAGUGGCGAGAAUUAUGCAUUUUGAUGACUGUUCUAGGGAAUGGCGUUCUUUCAAAUUAAGUGCUGACUUUAAUCUUUAUCUUCAAGGAGAGACCUCGGUUUUUACGAAUGGGAGAUUGCACUGGCUUGCUCAGAACUACCAAAUGCGGGAGGAUGGUACCUGUCUCAAUUUUAUUCUUUCUUUUGAUUUGGGUUAUGAGAUUGGUGAUGAGAAUAUUGUUUAUCAUGAAGUGCCUGUUCCUAAGGUUUUAGAAAUAGAAGGGGAUCAAUAUUCAUUAGAAUGGGCACAUAUUGCAAUUGCAAUGCUUAAUGUAUUACUUGCUCUACACGGACGGUUAGAUGAAAAGUAUGAUGUGUGGGUGAUGAAUGAGUAUGGAGUCGUGGAAUCUUGGACUAAGUUAUACACUAUUGAUUUAGGUGAAAGAUUGGGAAGAGUGAUAGGUUUUAAGAAAAAUGGUGAAGUUUUAAUAAAUACGAAUGAUAGAGACUUGCUUUUGUAUGAACCAAAUAGCCAAAGAACCAUAUGGGAUCUUCAAAAAAAUUACGUAUCAAGCUGUUUUUAUUUAGAUAAUUAUGUGGAAAGUCUAGUUCUAUUUGAUACCGAUAGAGUUUAA